AUGGAUUUAGAAUUCAAAGUCCGUAACAACAGCACACAUACCAAGAACAGCUCUGCUGCAACAAAGAAUUUUUCUGCCUGGGAAGACUAUAAGAGUAGUGUUGAUGACAUGCAGUACUUUCUUAUUGGGCUGUACACACUUAUAAGUCUGGCUGGCUUUGUGGGAAAUCUGCUUAUACUAAUGGCCCUACUAAAGUGCAAGCAGAAGACAGUAAUAAACAUUCUCAUUGGAAACUUGGCCUUCUCUGACAUCUUGGUUGUGCUGUUUUGUUCACCUUUCACGCUGACAUCCGUCCUGCUUGACCAAUGGAUGUUUGGCACUGUCAUGUGCCAUGUAAUGCCCUUCCUCCAGUGUGCCUCAGUCCUUGUUUCAACUUUGAUGUUAAUAUCUAUUGCUGCAGUCAGGUACCGUAUGAUAAAGUAUCCCCUCUCCAGCAAUCUCACAGCAAAACAAGGCUAUUUCUUAAUAGUGAUCAUUUGGGCCUUUGGCUUCACAAUUUGCUCCCCUCUGCCAGUUUUCCAUAAAACCGUGGACCUCAGCAAAACUCUGAAUUUAGAGGGACUGGAGAACAGGCUGCUGUGCAUCGAGUCAUGGCCUUCUGAUUCCUACAGGAUCGCCUUCACGAUAGCCUUGCUGUUCAUGCAGUACAUCCUGCCGCUGGCGUGCCUGACCGCCAGCCACACCAGCGUCUGCAGGAGCAUAGGUGCUAGGCUGUCAAACAAGGAAAACAAGUUUGAAGAAAAGGAGAUGAUAAACCUAACUCUUCAUCCCUCUAAGAGCGCUGGCACGCAGGUUCAACCCUCCAGAUAUUCCAGGUGGAGCUGUGCCUUUGGCAGAAGACACCACAGAAGAUACAGUAGAAAGACUUCAAGUGUGAUGCCAGCUAUUUCAAGGCAUCAUCAGGAUAUUCAUUCCAGAGAUCUCCCAGAAACCUCUGACACAGAAAAAAGCCAGCUCUUUUCCUCCAAUAAAUUCAUCCCUGGGAUUCCUAUCUGUUUUGAAAUGAAACCAGAAGAAACUACAGAGAUCCAGAACAUGAUUACAGUAUCCCAGUCCAUCAUCAGAAUUAAGACAAGAUCGAGGAGGGUUUUUUGCAGACUGACAGUGCUAAUACUAGUUUUUGGCUUCAGCUGGAUGCCUCUUCACCUUUUCCACAUUGUCACAGAUUUUAACGCCACUCUUAUUUCCAACAGACACUUUAAAUUAGUAUAUUGCAUAUGCCAUUUGUUGGGUAUGAUGUCCUGCUGCUUGAAUCCCAUUCUCUAUGGGUUUCUUAACAACAGCAUAAAAGCUGAUUUAAUGUCCCUUAUUUCGUGCUGCCAAAUACCAUGA